AUGCGCGCACUUACCAUAAGCUUUCUCUUGAGUGCCCUCAGUCGCGGCACUCUCGCCAGAGAUGACUGUAUCAACAACGAUAUUCCCUUCCAGGCAUGCGCUCCCAUCGGUGCCUACUAUCCUCCGCCCACUAUCGAUAAAUCCUCCGAGCCUUUCAAGAAGCUUACCUCUCAGUUCACCAAGACCUUUGACGACCUCAUCAAGAACAGUGGCAGUGAUAAAUACGGGCCAAUUGCGCCCAACACAACGUCCUUUUCUGUGGUCAUUUUCUGUGGUGCCGAGUCCCUUCGAGAUGAUCUCAUCUUCUUCGAGUAUCAUUACACAUCCCCUGAAGAUCUAGCCUCGAACCCAAGCCUCACUUCGGACACCAGAUUUCCAAUUGGUGAUGUGAGCAUGGUUUUCACUGUUUAUGCUUGGCUCGUCAAGAUGGGUGAACAGUGGGAGACACCUAUCACUAAAUAUCUGCCUGAACUGACUAAAUUCAAAGGCCCACUUACGGGGAACUGGGAGGACAUUACUAUUGGUGCUUUGGCAGCCCAAAUUCGAGAGUCUGGAGCAUGUGUUGUUGGCAGGGCUUGUGACUGGAAGGCUUUCCGAAGGGCCUUCGCGAAGAAGGCGCCAUACUUCCUCCCGGAUACGACCCCAGUUGUCUCUUACGCGGCUUUUCAGCUCUUGGUCUUUGCUAUGCAACGAAGCGAUGGCGGUAACUGGCCCUCAAUUCUGGACAAGACUAUUCUGUGCCCUCUUAAUAUGACCGAUAGUGGAGUUUUGGGCCAUGGUGUCGAAGAUGUCUUUGCCAUGAACAGUCUUAACACUUCAGCGAUCGGAGAACCCGGUGCCUUGUCGUUCGUUAGUUCCGCCAAAGAUCUCGCACGCGCUGGACACUCCAUUCUCGCCUCAGACCUCAUUUCCCCUGCUGUUACCCGUCGCUGGCUUCACCCAAAUGUCGACACUUCCAAUCUUCGCAACGGCGUAGGCCGACCUUGGGAAGUUUACCGUGCGGGCAACGCCAUCUCACCCAUCCUCAAUGCCUUGACGAAGAGCGGAACUAUUGGAAAAUACGCGAGCUACUUUGGACUUACCACCGACUUCAAUGCCGGCUUCGCUAUUCUGGCGCAUGACGACAGUGUCGAGGACCGGAAGCUUGACCUGAACGUGCACGCCGAUAUCGUGAGUGAAGUUCUCGGGUAUCUGCAAGUCAUUGCCGCCAAAGAACUUGAGGCGCGCUAUGCCGGAUCAUACUCUGGUAAAACUACUGAGGCGACAUUUAACACGACUGGCAAUGGCCGGGGUCUUGAGGUUCAGAAGCUUGCGAUUGGCGGAAUGAACAUCAAGAAGCAGAUCGCCCAGAAACUCGGCAUUAAAGCUGACCAUCUCGACUUCAGGAUCUACCCAACCAAUGUUCAAGAUGGAAGCCGACACCAGUUCAUUGCCGCCUUCCAGGACAAGAAUGCUCCUAUUGACAUGGGCACCCCGACAUGUAUCACUUGGCAGGAAAUUGGUGCUGAUGCAGAGAUCAGCUUCGUUUUCACGUUGGGUCGGAAUGGCGAGGUUAAUGGAGUAGAGGUCCCCCAGCUUCACGCCAAGAUGGAGAAGGCCGCAUAA